AUGGCGAUUCUACAAAACGCAGAGCUUCAAAAGGGUCUGAAUUUGCUUAUCGUGUCUCUAACAGCCGCAGAUCUUACUAACUGCCUGAUAGCUCAGCCAAUGUACGUCUACUAUCUUGGCAACGAGGUAGGCGGUACCUACCUCGUAGCAUUCGAGACCAUCGCUUUCAUCGGCCUUCACGCCGUUUUCACCAACCUGACAGCUAUCACGUAUCACAGAAUGAAGGCUUUGUCGCGACCUUUCCAUCACCUGCUCGUCUCGAGAAAAGAUCUUGUGGUAGUCAUAAUGUUGACUUGGGUGGUCUCCAUAGUUAUUGGUGUUGUGUUCGCAACGGAACCAGGGAAACGUGUCGGUGUCUAUUUUCAUGGUGUGAUGAUACUGAGCCUGGUUUUGACUUACAUCAAAAUUCUGUGGGUGUCCUGGAGGCGAAGGAGAAGAAAAAUAGCGGAACGGCCGGGAACGGCAAAUUUCCAUCAACAAGCCGCUACUAUGGAACAAGAGAACGCCGCGGCCAUCACAUCAGCAAUCUUGGUGGGCUCCACCUUGUUGUGUUUCUUGCCUGAUGUUGUUCUGGAUUUGAUGGGAAAAGCAGAAAUAAACAGGCUAAUGGGAAUUUACACUCUACUCUUCGCUAGUUCGGCGUUGAAUCCUUGCGUGGUUAUUUGGCGCAAUCAGCAGUUUAGAAGAACGCUUCUUCAAAUGUUACGCCUCGCUAAUUAA